UGCACUGGUUAAGUCUCUAUGUUGUAAGCUUCCAUGCAAUUAAAUUUGGGAAAGUUAUUGGAUAAAAACUAGUCUCUAAGUGGAAAUACGUAUCUGUUUGGAGACAUAUGGUGUGGCUGCAACAUACGGAGCUCUGAUUUUUGUGUCUCUGAAAGGAAUACAUCUUGUGCCUGGCAGACCUGUGGAGAAUACCAGACUGCAAAGAUGAAAGUGAAAUGGACAAAGUUAGGCAUGGUCUUCUUUCUACUUCUCUCCCUUGUUAUGACGGGCUGUUUCAUUUGGCAGUACAGACUUCCCAAAAUGAAACCAGUGGAUGAAACAGCAGCAGAAAAAAUUAAAGAAGAGAAGAUGUGCCCACGGUAUCCUGAGCCUGUGCCUUUGGAACACCCAAUACCUGUCAUCAUGGAGGCUUUGGAAAAGGUGGAUGUGCUUUUGAGAACCAGCAUUGAUGCCACAAGACUGCCAGCCAUGUCUGCAAUUGUUAUAUUUAAUGACUCCAUAUUGUGGAAUGGUAACUUUGGCAGAAGGAAUGGAAGUGACCCCAUAUCUCCGCCACCAAAUGAGUACACAGUUUACAGAAUCGCAAGCCUUUCUAAAAUCUUCCCCACACUGAUGUUGUAUAAACUUUGGGAGGAUGGAAAAGUGGAUUCCCUGGAUGACCCUCUGGGAAAGUACGAGAAGAAUUUUACCAUAAAAAACCCUUUUGGGAAAAGAAGGGAUAAUCAACUCAAGUCGAUCUAUAAUGGCAUUUUGUUCAACGGAAGAGUGGCUCAAGUCCAAACCUCCUCCAUCACCCUGAGAAGGAUGGCAAGUCAGCUGUCAGGUUUACCAAGGCGACUCAGGGCAACUACGUUACUCUGGAAAGGUAGUACUCAGUCUGCUGUUGAUUUAUUACAAGAUGACGUUCUUGUGGCUGACCCUGGAACAAAAUGCCACUACAGCAACUUGGCCUUCUCCCUGUUGGCCCAUGUGUUGGCAGAAAAGGUAGCAGGGACGGAUUAUCAGAGCUGGGUGUCUGAAAAUAUCCUGCAACCUCUGGGAAUGGAGGACACCAACUUCGAAAUCAUCCCAGAGAUUGAGAGCCAGAUGGCAAUAGGUGUUUAUACAAAUGGGCAGCCUGCACCCCUCUAUGAUCUUGACUGGUACAGACCAUCAGGACAAAUGUACUCCACACCUGCCGAUAUGGCCAAACUGGUGAUGAUGCUUUUGGGUGCUUACUAUCGACAGGUUCUACAGCCUGACACCCUCAAAACCAUGUUGACACCUCUGUUCCGCUGUGAAAGCAGUUACUUUGCAAAUCAAACGGGCACACCUUGGGAGGUAAAUGAACAGUUGGGAUAUGACAUCAUCCGCAAAGAUGGAGAUCUAGAUGGUUAUUCAGCCACUAUCUCCCUUGUUCCACGCCUGAAGCUGGGGUUGGUCAUUCUUAUGGCUGGGAACAAACCUGAGGGUGAGGACCUUGUGGCCAAGGCCUACAGUUAUCUAAUCCCUGCCAUGGAAAGUGCCUUCAGAAAUGCACCUCAUGUUCUCAUCCCUCCUCCAGACCCAAUUCCCUAUGUAGGGUACUUUACAUAUAACAACAUAACAUUCUAUGAGAUCAAAGCUGGCACAGGUGGAGUGCUGACAAUGGAGCAGUUUGGACCACAAGUGGACAACAUGGUCCCUAUGAAAUAUAGAACUUUGAAGCUGAGUUAUUUGGAGGAUAGGGUGUUUAGAGUGAAGUUUGAGAAGCAGUACCCUUGUCAACUGAAAGUUAAUGCUGCCUCUGUGUCUCUUGAAUCCCAGGACAGGCAGCACUUUAACUUUUACACCUUCAGCAAAAACGGUCUUUCGCCAGGUUUUGAUGUACCAGGGCUAAACACUUAUAAAGUUGUACGGAUACCUCACAAACCAAUUUUUACUGGUUAGUUGGCUAACUCUUGGAUUGGAUUUCAUAAGAAUAAAAGGUGCUACCUUUGAUGAAAGCUUCAAAUUCAGAGAAACUUUAUGUAUGUGGACAGCUUACCAUUUUCAGAAAACGAUCUAAAAGCGUAUGCCUCAAGAUAAGAGCAGAAAAGUUUACAAAUUACUUACUUUUUUGUUAUUUGUGUUUUGUUAUUUUUAUUGCAUUGUUGUUUUUUAUAUUGUUCAUAG